CGGAAGUGGGCCGCCAGGGGAAGAAGAUGGCGGCUCAGGGAAGGGGUCGGGUGGGCGGUGGUAAGGAGGAGCGUGUGUCGGGGCGUUCGGAUUCGGAACUGUUGCUGCACCCGGAACUGCUCUCGGAGGAGUUCCUGCUGCUUACUCUGGAGCAGAAGAAUAUAUUGGUCAAAAAUGAUGUAAAGAUGGACAAAGAUGGGCUUACAGAUCUCUAUAUUCAACAUGCCAUUCCCCUGCCUCAGCGUGACUUACCAAAAAGUAGAUGGGGGAAAAUGAUGGAAAAGAAAAGACAGCAAAAUGAGCCAAAAAAUGAGAAUAAAAGUGUUACAGCGGUGGAAGGAUUAAGGAAACGGCCAUUAAUUGUUUUUGAUGGCAGUUCAACGAGCACAAGCAUAAAGGUGAAGAAGACAGAGAAUGGAGCUGCUGAUCGCCUAAAACCUCCCCCUGCUGGAAGCAUCACUAACACUGUGAGGAGAUUAUCAACUCCUUCAAAUGCCUCAACAUACAUUUCAGCCUCCAGUUUAUCAGAGGACGCUAAGCUGGAAGUGAGGAAUAAUGAGGCAAAGCAGAACAAUAUUUCAAAGACUAAUAGCAGUGUAUUGGUUAGUCUGAAGACACAUCCUUUAUCUCCAGUAGCAGGAACUACUGUUGUGAAGUUAAAGAGAUCUGUUCCAAGAGAUGAAUCUGAUUUGCCGAAUGACCUAAAGCCUACAGAAGCAAAAAAGAAAAUCCAGCAUGUUACAUGGCCAUGAAGCAGCUAGUGGUGUUCAAAACUUAAAUGUUACUUCCAUAUUUUCAAACAGAUAAGUCAUAUUUGAGCAAUUUAGGUACACUUCUUUUUAAACCUUGCAGGGAUUCAGAUUGCUGUGAAGUUUUAACAAAUUUAAAGGUUCCCUCUUGUAAAUCUGAAGUCAUUAUCACCGGUCACCUUAAGAGUGUCUGCUAUUUUAAACCAAGUAAUUUAUUCUCUCUUUAAAAGAUGGUAAUAUUACCAUAUACUAAGCCCUCCACUUUUGUUUUUCAAGAUUAUUAUAGUUCAUCUCCUGCACAUCCCUACAGGUCACACACAUAAAUACUCUUUCUUGUUUUAUUUUGUUUUCAGUAAGAUUUGCUUUUUGUUCCAGUUCUGGGUAAGUAGUUAAAAUAGUUAUUCAGAUUCAAAGGGAUCCCGUGAGUGUUCUUGAUUACAAAAAAGAUAAUUGAUUUAGAUGAGAAAACUGAAUGUUCUGCUAAUAAGAUAGUUUGAGACAACUUUCUUUUUCCUUUUUGUUGCAUAGAAUACGAGUGUAGUGCAAGUUAGGUUGGUAAUAAGAGAUGAACUAUUUAACAGCAUUACUUCAAAUUGAAGUUUCUCUUACUGACUUAUGAAAUAAAUGCACAGAUGGUAGUAUGAUAUUAAAUUGUCUGAUAGGAAUCUUUGAGAGGAAGUACUGAGUGGAUUAGUGCCAUGUUAUCUUAUACACAAAGGCAUAUUUUACACAUAUGAAAGUGUAAAAAUGUGCUGAUACAGCAAAUUUGCUUGUUAUCCUGGUUACAAUCAUGUUGAUAAAAAUAUGGGGAAAGCUUAUGGAAUGCAUGCCAGUGCUUUCUCAACUUAGUAACAGUUGGAGAGGGAUUGGGUCAGGAAGACAAAGAAGUACCUUGAGAGCAUUAGCGUAUGUAGGUGCACAUUUUUCUCCCUAAUUCUUUUAUUCCUUUUCCUUCCUGUGAUUGUUUAAGGUGGAUGCUGGUUUUCUAUGAAACUUGAGGUUACAUCUGGAUCAAUUGGUAGUGCUCUCGUAAGGCAGGAAUCAAGUUGAUGCAACUUUUUUAUUAAAUCUCUGUGGCUCAGGGUGAAGCCCAUCUAGAUCCAUUUUAGAUAUGGACAGUAAAUAACAGUAAUGCUUCCAGAUUUAGUAAAACAAAAAAUCCGCUUCUGAAUCCACUUAACUCACUGUCAGUAGUGACCUGAGAACUUGUUUACAUUUUUUUUAGAUUGGUUAGUGUUAAAACCAAAAACUGUAGCUUAAUUCAUUACUGACAGUUCUCCAUUCACUGUUAAGACAUAAAAGGCACUUCUUGAAUGCUGUAAAAUGGUAAGAAUGUGUGUGUUUUGAAAUUGUGUGCUGUUUCCCUUUUACUAAACACUUGUGCAUUUUUUUGUACUUGAGUACAGCAAACUUUAACGUAAUAUACAUUUUGUAUGUAAAGAGUUGUCUUUUAAGUAGCCUUAUCCUAUUUAAAUAAAUUCAAUUAAAAGCAAA